AUAUAUAGUUGUGCACAGAAUUGAAGAAACAUUUAAUGUUGUUUCUUCAAUUCUGUGCUUAAAAUUAUGAGUUGCUGUGAUUAUAAGUUUUGGUGGAACAUCCUUUCUUUCUCUAGAGUAAAAACCGCCUACAAUGAAUCAGCGUAAUUCCAAAUAAUGCACGUACACAUUGUGAAAAAAAUCAAAUAGAGCUUCCUUCUUAUUAAUGUGUAGGAAGCUCUGAUGUAUUUGCUCUGCUGUGAUUGGUGGAAAUGAAUUUGUGCGGAAAUCAAAGUUCUCAGAAAAAUUAGAGUUUCCUUCGGGAAUGUAAAAUCUAGUUUUAUUUAGCACAAGUCGGAAAUUUAAAAAGGAAGCAAAGUGAAGCUUAUAAUUUGUAUCACGAUUCGAUUUUUUUUUUAAAACGCACAGCUUCAAGUGAAAAUAUAAUGAGUUCUUCAGAUUCAUAUCACUAUGCUGUAUCUCAACUGUCUUGGUUGUUCGGUUGCUGGGAAGCAAUAGAAGCAGAGGUUUCAUACCCAACAAUGGAUACUUUAAAAUAUGGGGAACUGCUUGAAUUCCAGCCUGCGUAUUUGCAGCCACUUAUUCAGUACAAGUCUGAAACAUGGCACCCUUUAAAGAAACAAAAACUGCACAUUGAAGUAGGUUUCUUAAAAGUGGAUCCUGACACUCAAACUGUUGCUCUUCUUGGUGCCCACAAUUUUGGUAUGACAGAAGUUUCUGAAGGAGUAGUAAAAGAACACACACUUAGACUUGAAAGUAAAUCUGUCUGCCGUACAUCAUUUACCAAAUUAGCAUCUGUUGUCAAGCUUGUUAGGACAUUAUCACUGGUAAAUGAAGAAUUGCACUCACUUAUGUUGAUGGAAACUGUCAACCAGCCUCUUCAGAAACAUUUAGAAUGCAGAUAUAAAAGAAAAUCAUCAAGCAACUAAAAUUAUAUGUUUGGAUAAUUGCAAAGUAAUUUGCAUAGAUAUAUUUCAUUUACUUCAAUUAAAAAACUAGAAAUAUGAUCUAUGUUUAGAACAUAUAAUGAACUAGUAAAUAUUUUUGUAAGUUUCUUUUUACAUACUAUCUUUUUUGCAUGACCUAUAUAAAUCAAUAACUUAUAUUGUUGGUUAUAUUUGCUGAUGCUCAGGUAAUAUCUUUUAAAUAGUUUAUUAUUAUUAACUUUUUAUUUCAAAAACAUUUUAUAACCAAUCUGACAUGUUUUUUUGUUAAGUAAAGUUUCUAAAUAUCGAGCAUAGUAUAACUUUGAUUAUCUAAAAACUAAUAAGAGCAGAAAAAUAAUGAGAGUAUUUGAAAAUUUGGGUUAGCAAGACAUUUUCCAAUGGAAAACAUCUAUGAUGUGCAUAUAAAUGUAUUUAACAAAAUAUGCACAAUUGUUUUAUCUUGAUGUAAAAAAAAAAAAAAAAAAAAAACCCUGAAA